GGCUGUGUCCAGAGAGCUGACGGUGUGUAUAGGUCCAGGCGGAGGACACAUGGAGGGGACGGUGUCCUGCAGGGACGGGACGGUGUCCUGCAGGGACGGGACGGUGUCCUGCAGGGACGGGACGGUGUCCUGCAGGGACGGGACGGUGUCCUGCAGGGACGGGACGGUGUCCUGCAGGGAGCAGCUGGUCCAGGCGUGGACGUGUCUUACGGAGGACUCUGUCCCGGCUCCCAGCAGCGUCUACGUGGCCUCCGUGCUGUUGUCCUGCCUGAGCGGGGACGUCCCGCCCGGGGACGCCGGGGAUGCCUGGGAGCUGACGUGUCUCAGUCUGAGUCUGCUGGACAACGUCAGCAACCGUCUCCUGUCUCCCAGUCUGUCCACCCACGCGCAGCUGGGCUGGACGGAGACGCUGAGGCUGCUGCUGGAGGACAUGGACGUCAUGUCCCCGCUGGUGUCUCUGUUCCGAGUCGAGGACCUGGUCACCUCCCACCUGGCGGCCAAGACCGCGUCCACCUGGGUUUUCCUCCAGCUCGUCCAGUGUGAGAAGCUUAGUCCCGUCUGGCAGAGGACGUGUGUCCAGGCGUUUCACAGCUCCCCUCCUGCUGCUCACCUAGACACCUGUCUCUGGACACUGACUGACGUCCUCAAAAGACUUCUGAAAGGGGGUCAUCAGGAACUCCUCAGGAGACUUUUGGCAGCAUUUGACUGCAGUGUAGGAGCUUUAUUUGUUCGGUUGCUUCCUGGAGAGACGGAGGAACUGAUGCGGUGUUGGGAACAGCGCUGGGGGACAACGUUCUGCCUCCUGCUGGACCUGCUGGAGGUUCUGACUGCAUCCAGCUUGAUGUGUGGAGGGGGAACCGGCCUGACGAGUCACACAAUAACCCAAACACACUCGUCAGCCCUCCUGACCGCUGUCAGCUGCUCCUCCAAGUACUUUGUGAAAAAGCGGACCCUGCUGCUUCUCAAGAGGGCUGUGUGUCAGAGGGCUGGAGAGGAAUGGUCUUUGGAUCGGGCGCCGUCCACCAGACCGGACUCGGACAUGCGUGAGCUGGCUCGGUGUGUAUUGAAAGCAGUGGAUCAGAACUGGUUACAGAGUGUUCCAGUAGGGGCUGCUGCUUUCUUUGGAGGGGCCCGGCCUCCCCGGGAAGGUUUCUUUGGAGGGGCCCGGCCCCCCCGGGAAGGUUCGGGUCAGAGAGCAGAUGGAGUGAUGCUGAGAGCCGUCAGCCUCUUCCUCCUCAAGUCCAUUGAUCUUCACAUCCAAACAGAAGGAGCAGUCUGGAGACAUCUGCAGUGUUUGUGGGACUUCCUGAAGCAGCGCAGCCCCGUCCUGACCGACGUGACGCACCGCUGCUCCUGGAUCAGCCUAGUAUUUGCAGAUCAGGACGACGACCUGAUGGAAGCGUCCCGUACAUCUCUCUCCAUCUUCCUCAGACUCAGACGGCGGUCAGACCUGGAUUCUCUCCGAGUGUCGGAGGCAGCUUGUGCAUCAGGCUGCAACCCGCACUGCCACUUCCUACUCCUGCUGCAGAGCGUCUCCUUCGACCACAGCAUCCUCCUGGACUUCCUCAUGUCCAGCGAGACCUGCUUCCUGGAAUACCUGGUGCUUUACCUCAAGUUCCUCAGAGAAGACCGGCAGGGCUUCGCUGCAGCGUGUGGAGGCUCGGCUGUCCGUCGCCCCUCCACCCAGCGGUCCGUCACCGCCUCCACCCAGCGGUCCGUCACCGCCUCCACCCAGCGGUCCGUCACCGCCUCCACCCAGCGGUCCGUCACCGCCUCCACCCAGCGGUCCGUCACCGCCUCCACCCAGCGGUCCGUCACCGCCUCCCACGUACCGUUACAUGUGGAUGAGCUAGACGGGGUCACGCUGAACUCCGGUGGACGUUCUGUGCCCUGUGAGCCACCAGCGGGAGGCUCCAGGUCAGCUGCAGGGCUCCGUCUUGUAGCGUAUGAUAGUUCUGAGGACUCUGAGUCCGAAUCACCUCUGGAUGUGAAACGGGAGGCUGAUGGAACAUUCCCAUCCAUCACACAGAAACCUCCAUCGUCCCCAGCGUCGCUGAGUGAUGCUGAUGCCAACCCGGGACGAGGAUCAGAGACCGUGUCACUGCCGUCCAUCUCAACACACCAACCCACCGCCACCGUGUCCAGGCAGGAGACGUGUGAAGCGUUGGACAGAGCCGUCCUCUGUCUGUCCCAGCUUCGAGCCGUGUUGACCAGGCUGCAAACAAAGAAACUCUUCCCGUACAACCCCUCGUCCCUCAUCAAGCUGCUGGGACAAGUAGAGAACUAGUACCAGAGCUCACAGGUUUGA